AUCCAUCGCGACGGCUGCUCUGCACUGAUCGACUAUCCAUCACUCUCUUGCUGUGCCUGCGCUAGUCGUCUCCUCUUCCUCUUUGCUGGGAUCAUGGCGAUGUGGAGGGCGGCGGCGGGCCACCUGCUCGGCCGCGCGCUCGCCUCCCGGGCCGCGCACACAUCAGCAGGCAGCAAGAAGAUCGUGGGUGUGUUCUACAAGGCCGGCGAGUACGCCGACAUGAACCCCAACUUCGUCGGCUGCGUCGAGGGCGCUCUCGGCAUUCGCGAGUGGCUUGAGUCCAAGGGGCAUCGCUACAUUGUCACCGACGACAAGGAGGGCUUAAACUGCGAGCUGGAGAAGCACAUCGAGGAUAUGCAUGUCUUGAUCACCACCCCUUUCCACCCAGCCUAUGUUAGUGCAGAAAGGAUCAAGAAGGCAAAGAACCUUGAGCUGCUUCUCACAGCUGGGAUUGGGUCAGAUCAUAUUGAUCUACCAGCAGCUGCUGCAGCGGGUUUAACUGUGGCUGAGGUUACCGGAAGCAACACUGUAUCAGUGGCAGAAGAUGAACUCAUGCGCAUUUUGAUUCUGCUCAGGAACUUCUUGCCUGGGUAUCAGCAGGUCGUUCAAGGUGAAUGGAAUGUUGCAGGCAUUGCCUAUAGAGCGUAUGAUCUUGAAGGAAAAACUGUGGGGACUGUUGGGGCUGGUCGUAUUGGCAGGCUCUUACUUCAGCGUCUUAAGCCCUUUAACUGCAACCUGCUGUACCAUGACAGACUUAAGAUUAACCCAGAACUUGAGAAAGAAAUUGGGGCCAAAUAUGAAGAGGAUCUUGAUGUUAUGCUUCCAAAGUGUGAUGUUAUCGUUAUCAAUACACCUCUUACAGAGAAAACAAGAGGCAUGUUUAACAAAGAAAGAAUUGCAAAGAUGAAGAAAGGUGUAAUCAUUGUGAAUAAUGCUCGAGGAGCAAUCAUGGAUACCCAGGCGGUUGCAGACGCUUGCUCUAGUGGUCAUGUUGCAGGAUAUGCUGGUGAUGUCUGGUUCCCCCAACCAGCACCAAAGGAUCACCCAUGGCGAUACAUGCCUAAUCAUGCUAUGACCCCUCACAUCUCUGGGACUACAAUUGAUGCACAGCUGAGAUAUGCAGCGGGAGUGAAGGACAUGCUGGACAGGUACUUCAAAGGGGAAGACUUCCCGGUUCAGAACUACAUCGUCAAGGAAGGUCAGCUCGCUAGCCAGUACCAGUAACAGUCCCUUGUGUGUUGGAUUGGGUGUCCAUAUAUCCUCUACCCGUCUAGCUACCGGAAAUGUGACAUUUCUGAAGGGGAGAGACUGCUGGAUAGUGGAUAGGAACUGAAAUACCUUGUGUUCUUGUAUGAGUGUCCUCUGAGAACCUGUUGGAUACCGGAAAUAAUGGAUGCCUACCAUGCCAACCUUGGCUGCGAAGAAUAAGAAGCUUUCGGAUUAAACAGUUCAGCUCAGUUCAGUUCAGUUUGUGUAUGAUCUUGCAUGUGCUCUCUGUUAUCCACCCUGUUUUUUUA